AUGAAUCGGUCAGGCUGCCUCCUCAGUGUCCUCAGCCUCCUGGCCUGCCUCAUCUCCGUCGUGCAAGCGUGUCCCCCGAGCUGCCAUUGCCACGGCGGGGACCUGCAGCACGUCAUCUGUGACAAUGCUGGGUUGAAGAAGAUCCCCAAGGUGCCUGAGCAAACACGGCUUCUCAACCUGCAGAAGAACAAUUUCCCUGUCCUGCCGACCAAUGGCUUCCGGGACAUGAAAAAGCUGGUGUCCCUCCAUCUCCAGAGCUCACGGAUCAAGGAGAUCUCAGCCGGAGCCUUCAGAGGGCUCAAGAACCUGGUCUACCUCUACCUCACCGACAACCAGAUCAGUGUCAUAAAGCCGGGAGCCUUUGAUGACCUCUCUGAGCUCACCUACCUGUACCUGGACCAGAAUAAGAUCCCAGACUUAUCCAAAGGGAUCCUUUCCCCUCUUGUCAAUCUCUUCAUCCUGCACCUAGGCAGCAAUAAAAUCCGGGAGCUGAAAGCGGGGGUCUUCAGUGGCGCUAAAGACCUGCGCUGGCUCUUCCUCUCUGACAACUCCCUCACCAACCUCCUGCCCGGGGCCCUGGAGGACGUUGAAAAUCUCGCUGUCCUCCACCUGGACAAGAACCAGCUGAGCAGCUAUCCUGUGAGCGCCAUGAGCAAGCUGAGAGUGCUGGAGGAGCUGAAGCUUUCCCACAACCCAAUCGAGGUGAUUCCAGACAACGCUUUCCAGUCCUUUGGGCGUUACAUGCAGACUCUCCACCUGGACAACAUGAAACUGAAAAAGUUUGCAGACAACGCGUUCGCCGGCGUCACCGUUCUGAAGGCCGCACACCUGGAGAACAACCGGCUGACGCAGCUGCCCCGCAACUUCCCCUUCGACAAGAUGGAGACCCUGACGCUCUCCAGGAACGCCUGGCACUGCAACUGCCAGCUGGCACAUCUGCGCAAGUGGCUGAAAGCCAAUCGCACCCGCACGGAGGACACGUGCUCCACGCCGGCGCAGUACCGGGGGCAGUCCAUCAGGGACACCCCUGCCCUCCGCACCUGCAAGCUGCCCACCAAGAGGUCCAGGAAGGGAAGCCGCCAUUAA